AUGUGGAGAGUGACAUCUAUUGACAAAUAUGGCAAAGAAGGAUUAAGUGGCGGUGGUGGAGGAGGUGGGAGUCAUUGUGACAGUCCAUUUGAGUUUGGCUUCACACUCCGGAACCCAGAUGGUGUCUUCAGGGGAUUUUUUGGUGGAAGGGACCCAUUUUCAUCUGACUUCUUUGAAGGCCCAUUUGAUGACUUUUUUGGAAACCGAAGGGGUCCCCGAGGAAGUAGAAGCCGAGGUGCUGGCUCCUUUUCCUCGGUCUUCAGUGGAUUUCCUCAACCCCGAUUUCCUGCUUUUGAUACAGGCUUUACUCCACUCGGGUCACUAGGUCAUGGGGGUCUCACUUUAUUUUCUUCAGUGUCAUUUGGUGGAAGUGGAAUGGGCAACUUCAAAUCAAUAUCAACUUCAACUAAACUAGUUAAUGGCAAAAACAAAACAAAAAAAAUCACUACAAAGAGAAUUGUGGAGAACGGUCAGGAAAGAGUAGAAGUUGAAGAAGACGGACAGUUAAAGUCCCUGACAAUAAAUGGUAAGGAACCCCCGCUACCCUUGGAUAACAAGUAAUUCAACGCACAUAUGUAACAGAAAUGUUAAACCAUAGCAAGCACCAUUUGAGGAAUAACAGGAACUUUUUUUUUUUUAAGAUUUCAAACGAACUCGACUUUCUGUAUAACCGUACCUAAUCUAAAGUAUUUAUAAUAUAGCUCAUCGGAGCCCUCAUU